UGUUUUUUUUUUCCAAUCUUUGCGUGGCUUUUGCAACGUUUCCAAGCUGGAGACGCACUCGGACUCGGACUGCUGGGAUCAGAUGAUCCAGCUCCAGCUGUCUGGUUCUGGUGACUGGGCGCCCUGUGACACCCACAAGGUGGAAAUCCCCCAGGAAGAAAUGGAGGUGGUGAAGGGCCAGAUGGUGGUGCUGCAUGCCUGGUACACGCCCAUCUCCGAUAUCUACAAAAACUCUGUCAUUUGGCACUUCACGGGGAAUCAGUCCAAGCAGGUGAUCAACUUCAGCUCAGGUGAGGUGGGCCACGGCCAGAACGAGUUCACCAAGAGAGCGGGCUUCAGCGCCGCCAUGCCCUCCGCCAACCUCUCCAUCUUCAUCAACAACACCCAGGAGUCCGACUCUGGACGCUACGUGUGCAACGUCAUCAUCCCCGGGGGCGCCGGCAUUUCUGGACAGAUGCGCCUUAAUGUCAAAGUCCCCCCCUCCCCCCCUGUGUGCACCAUGACAGGCGAGCCGGUCGUCAACGGCAACGUAACUCUGAGCUGCAAGUCCGACCACGGAAAGCCGGUCCCUCAGUACAAGUGGACCAAGUCCGCCCCCAUGCCGGAGGUCUUCUUCUCGCCAAUGCAGAACGAGAGACAAGGCACCCUGCGGCUCAGCAACCUGACCAGGAGCAUGUCUGGCAAGUACAUGUGCAGAGCCAGCAACACGGCCGGCUCUGACAGCUGCUCCAUCAACCUGGAGGUUAUCACCUCUUCCAACGCCGGCGUGAUUGCGGCCGCCACCCUCGGGUCCAUGGUGGGACUGGUCGCCAUGGCGAUCUUCCUCAUAUUCCUUCUGAGGAGGAGGCGGGACACCGAGGAGGAAACGGCCAAUGAGAUCAAGGAGGACGCCCAGGCCCCAAAGCGAGUGUCCUGGGCAAAGAGCAACACGGGUUCAGACAUCGUGUCCAAAAACGGCACGUUGUCGUCCAUCGCCACCAGCCCUCGCCCCGGGGAUCAUCACCACCACCACCACCACCACCACCGUCAGCCCAACUUCCACUACCCCUACACCCCGUCCUCCACCACGGACACGGGCUCCGUCAUCAACGCCUACCAGCUGCGACCCGGCGAGGCCACCACCCUGCAGGGACUCCCGGGCUACAACGUGGGCGGGACCCCGUCGCGUAAACACAAGCGGCCCCCAAGCGCAAACGGAGCCCCUCCCCAGGUCCUCCGCGGCCCCCUGGUGGCCGUGCCCGACCGGACUGAAGGGGCUCAGCCUCAGAUGCCGCCCCCCUUCACGGUGUCCCCGCAGGCCAGCGCGUCUACGCUGACCCGGGCGGGUACGGUGGCCGUCAUGGUGCCUGCUCACAGCCAAGCAGGCUCCCUGGUGUAGCGCUGCGAGUUUGGAACAUUUGCCUUGUUGAAGGAAACCAUUUCAAAGCUUGUUUGUGCUUCUUUUGCUGACUCUGCACAUUUUCUUUUUCUACAGACGUUUGUUUCGAACACUUGUUGUACAAACCCCGUUUCCAUGAGUUGGGAAAUUGUGUUAGAUGUAAAUAUAAACGGAAUACA